GGGCCGCUGUUUGUUGUCAUCCCAAGAUGGAGUUUCUGCUGGGGAACCCGUUCAGCACCCCGGUGGGGCAGAGCCUUGAAAAGGCCACAGAUGGCUCUCUGCAGAGUGAAGACUGGACACUUAACAUGGAGAUCUGUGACAUUAUCAAUGAGACAGAAGAAGGUCCAAAGGAUGCCAUUCGAGCACUGAAGAAGAGGCUGAAUGGAAACAAAAAUUACAGAGAGGUCAUGCUGGCACUGACGGUGUUGGAGACCUGUGUGAAGAACUGUGGCCAUCGCUUUCACGUCUUAGUGGCAAACCGUGACUUCAUAGAUGGUGUUCUGGUGAAAAUCAUCUCGCCCAAGAAUAAUCCCCCCACUAUUGUACAGGAUAAAGUACUAGCACUGAUUCAGGCUUGGGCUGAUGCCUUUCGAAGUAGCCCUGAUUUAACUGGAGUAGUGCAUAUUUAUGAAGAACUCAAGAGGAAAGGCAUAGAGUUUCCCAUGGCAGAUCUUGAUGCUCUAUCUCCGAUACACACACCACAGAGGAGUGUUCCUGAAGUUGAUCCUGCAGCAAAUAUGCACAAUUCACAAUCUCAGCAAAGGAUGAGCACCAGUUCUUACUCUUCAUCUUCUCCAACGGCGUAUUCUGCUCCUCAGGCCCCAGCUUUGAAUGUGACUGGUCCCAUCACUGCAAAUUCUGAACAGAUUGCCCGGCUGCGCAGUGAACUGGAUAUUGUUCGUGGGAAUACAAAAGUGAUGUCUGAAAUGCUGACAGAAAUGGUACCUGGACAAGAGGAUUCCUCAGACCUUGAGUUACUCCAGGAACUGAACCGAACCUGUAGAGCUAUGCAGCAGAGAAUCGUGGAGCUUAUCUCACGAGUGUCCAAUGAAGAAGUCACAGAGGAACUGCUGCAUGUGAAUGAUGAUUUAAAUAACGUCUUCCUCCGAUACGAAAGAUUUGAACGAUACAGAUCGGGACGUUCAACACAAAAUGCCAGCAAUGGAGUACUGAAUGAGGUGACAGAAGAUAACUUAAUAGAUUUGGGUCCUGGCUCUCCAGCUGUAGUAAGCCCAAUGGUUGGAAACUCAGCACCCCCGUCUUCACUUUCUUCACAGCUUGCAGGGCUUGACUUGGGUACAAACAGCGUCAGUGGCACACUCAGCUCUCUACAACAGUGUAAUCCUCGUGAUGACUUCGACAUGUUUGCACAGACAAGAGGCAGUUCCUUGGCUGAGCAGCGAAAGAACGUGACGUAUGAGGAUCCACAGGCUGUCAAAGGACUAGCAUCUGCCCUGGAUGUUCGAAAACAGAACACAGGAGGGAUCCCUGUUGCACAGUCCUCUGUCAUGGAUGACAUUGAGGAGUGGCUCAGUACCGACUUGAAAGGAGACGAACUGGAAGAAGGAGUGACCAGUGAAGAGUUUGACAAAUUUUUAGAAGAGCGAGCCAAAGCGGCGGAGAUGGUUCCCAAUCUGCCAUCCCCUCCCCUGGAAGCCCCCACCCCUCCAACAAAUCCUUCCAGCAGGAAAAAGCAAGAGCGCUCGGAGGAUGCCCUCUUUGCACUGUGAAGAUUGCUCUUAGCCGCCCUCCCACCCCCGUGCUCUGCAGGCGAAUGUCGCUGUACGGCCACUUUGUCCUCCCACCGUACUUGGCUAACAACAACCCCUUUCCCCCUGAUUUCAUAGAUUGCUUCUCCUUCCCCCCCUCCCCAAACAAUCCACCCCCACAAGCUGACUCUUUCUAUUUAAGUCCAACACUAUUCCUGCCAGACCACGAUUCUCCAGCACUCGCUUAAUCCCCUCCUUCCUAUCCCAGCUGCACAAAACCAGCUCUUGAUGCUGAAAACCCCUUUAGAAUGCAUGAGUACGUCACACUGUGUUGAAACAAAAGCCCAGAGGGGAGAGAGCAGCCUUGCCCUUCAAUUUAUGUGGGGAUCAUCCUCUUCUGUAGGCAGGUCCUGCCAAGUAGACUGCUCUGUCGAUCAGCAUGUAAUUGACUGAGCUGGAAUGUUCAGGAGGAGCGUGUCUUUAUUUUUAGAUAAAAUGUUAAUGUAUUGGCUUUCGUGUCGGAUUCGACAGCAAGGAACAACUGUUCCCCUUUCAACAUGUGCUUCACAAGUUAAAAUCCUUUACUCUCCCACUCACACAUCUCCUGGUACCAUAUGGUGGUCGCUUUUCCCCACUUUGUGCAGCGCUUCAUAUUCUAAAUCUCACAGGGUAUUUUUUUUCCUUGUGUUUUAUCUGGGCUUGCUCUAAUUUGAAAGCAGUCUGUUGGCCAUGUCCAGUAGCUCUGGCAGUUGAUGAGAAUGAAAAACGCUGAGCUAAAUGGAUGCUGUAACGUUAGCGCGUGAAGCAUUUUGCUCUUUGGGAGAGCAUUCUCACAUGAGGAUUUUUUCUAGUCUGUUUGCCUUUUAAAAUAGCUAGGUUAUUUUUUCCUUACCUUAGAUUCCUUCUUCAGUGACUGUAGAGCUCUGCAUUUGUCUCAGCUGUUGUUAAUAACAUCCAUACAGAUGGAUGGGACUUGCUCAUGGACUGGGUGUGAACUGAGGUUCCUGCAUUCCCUGCCAUGCCCGGUAGGAUAGACACACUGGUUCUUGGUGGUAGGUAUGAGAAAAAGAGGCAAACUUCACAGAGGCUUGUAUGAAAAUGCUGAGGGAGGUGGUUACUGUGGAGGGAUUAGCCAUGCCUGCCUGUGCUGGAGGUGAAACUCCUCAUUUCCUUCUAGGUUUGGGCCUGACAAAGUGUUGGAUGAUUGUGGCCGUGCUAUUUGUAAUUUCUGGAGUGUCCUUUGAUACCUCUGCCCCUUUAUUAACUCCCAGCUCCUACGGGGCUGCAGUGUCCCUCCUGUCUGUGCAAACAAGCAUAUUCCCUUGCUUGCCAGAGGCAUGGUCGAGAGUGCUGCUCUUCCUGGAGCUGCCAGAAGGGAUUCCAGCAUGUGUGCCUGCCUUGCUGGGCUGACAAGCAGAGCUGGAGCAGGCAGCUCCAGCCAUCGCUGCAUCCCCCAGCAUGUUCCUUGGUAGGAAGCCAGUGGCGCAAGAUGGCAGGAUCAAAGAGAGAGCUGAAUGCAUGGCAGGGAGAAUCUCCUGUCCUGACAGAGAGGCACUUUAUCAGAUGAACACCCAUGCAGGCAGCAGCGCUCCAGCCCCUCUUCCUCAGGGCGCUCAUUGUCUUAGGCAACCAGCCACUUUGUUCUGACUUGGCAUGUCUGAGCUUCCCGGGAUGCUGAUGUGUGUUAAGCUCCCUCAGAAGUUGUUCUAGACCAAGAAGCUGUGCUAUAAACAGCUGAUGUGAAAGCGAUAGAAGCUUUUCUCUGAGCAUAGUUAUUUCAGCUCAUAACGUACUCUCUAGGGUUUGCCACGCUUUGGUAGGUUGUGACACAUAAAACCUUUUACCAAAUGGCCCGAUUGCAGCACUGAUGGUCUUUGAGAGCAGUCACAUUAAUCUUCGGAGGGAAGCAUUGUUUGGGGUAGGAUUUCCAGGCCGUCCCAGGUCCGAUGUCACUCUGUGCUGUCCCUGCUCAUCCUCUCCUCUGUCCUGCCCUGCCUGCAUCCUCUUCCAGGAUCCCUCUGUAUGUAGCUGGGCCCAGGCAAGGCUGCCCUGCCAUCCCCCAGUGCUCAUCUCUGCUCUGUGGCUUGCUGCUCUGUAGCUCACUGCUCCCUGUCAGCUCUGCACUGUGCAGAAAGUAGCAUGGCUUGCAAGUGGACAGGGAAAAUCACUGUAAGGAUGGAGAUAGCUUGGGGAUCAAGCUGCUGCUUCUCCCCACUUGCUGGCACUUUCCCCAGUUGAAGCCCUUCCAUGUGGGUCUGCAGAGGCUUCCUCUCCAUUUCAUCUUCUCUGUGGCUAAUGGAAAGUGCCAGGACAGUCUGCCUUGGUUGCAUGUAUGCACUGCUGCUCUUGCCCACUGCCCUCGGUGUUUAACACAAGGUGAGCCUAAUGCUCAGAUACUGGCUGCCAGACACCCCACUGCUAGCUCCUGCCAGACUCUGCCUUGCUGCAACAUAUCGGAUGUGGCCACCAGCUCCCAGAAACCUGAGGAAACUUCUGUUGUGAUGCUGAUUUGAUUUCAGACAGUGUCUGGUGACUGCCUGAGCAGUCUUGCCAGCAUAGAAUGAAUUGUUGGUAUUCCUGUCAAAGCAAAAAGCUCCGUGGGUGUUUUAAGUGUGUAUUUGCUCUUCUAAAUCCUUGAAACACAUUGACCCUGUAAAUGGCCACAUCAGGUGAUUCUAAGCAUGUUAAUCCAGCUUCCCUGCCAAGCCGGAGGAGAUAAUCGCAUUGCUCAAGCAUGGGGACACUGUCAAAUGAUGCUGAGUGGCAAGGAUAUCACCAGCGCUGUCAUCGAGCCCCCCUGCAGAGUCCCACUGCUGUGGAUUUGCUGGCCCUUCUUAUCCCACCCCUAAGCAAAAAAAAAGGGGGGCAGAGGGGUGUGUGCGCUGUUAACACUUCUUUCUGUCAUGCUAAACCUGUCCUGGGACUUCCAAGUUGUUGCUUUAAAGAGAAUCUGGCCCCUUUCUGGAAGAUCUUGCAGAGCUGUCAGUGACUGCUCCCUCUGACCGGGGAGGAAAAAAGAUGAAACAGGAAGGCUGGGGCUGAGGGGAGAUAAGGAGCAUGUGUUGGCACAGCUCAAGGGACUCUUCUGUGCUUGCAACCUCAGGCACUCUGUGGUCCCCGCUGACGCCCCGCGUUAUCUGCUGGAUAUUGCAGGGGGUGGCAGGUGCCGUCAGCACAAGCAGCGGCUUUGCUGGAAGUAGGGCAGCCCUCAGGAGAUGCCUUCCUUGAGAGGUGUGUUCUCAGCCUGGGGCAAUGGCUAAACGUCCUUUUGGUGGGACCUUUGACGGGUCUGGUAAAAGCACAGCCCUGAUGUGAGUUAAAUUUGGAGCCUGAAUCCACCAGACCUGGCUCUCGCGGGCUGAGCAUGCAGGGGCUGGAAGCACCGAAGGGGACAGAGCAUGCGGCAGAACAGGUGGUUUAGCCCAAACCUUCUUUAACAAAUGUAAGAGCUAUGCUAGAGCUUCCCUAAUGUCCUGUAUCAGGAUCUCUCAUCUUCCCCAUCCUCCUGUGGUCCGCAGAAAACCUGAGCGGUGGAAACUGUUCGAGGGAAAGGGAAGGGGUUUUUCGCUUCAGAAGACCGACCUCUCGAUUUAUUCUCCCUUCGCUUUCACUCUAAGUGCUUCCUCUGUGCAAGUGGGCAGAGGACUUGCGUGGCUCCGACGCUUGCGAGAAGAGGGAUGGAGCUGCAGCCUGAUCCACUUUCCAUGAAAAAUAACAUCCCAACGCUUCCUAGGCAUAUUAGGAGUCACAGCUUGACACUCAAUGACACUAAAUUAUUAUUGGGGUCCUUUGUAAGUUCUAAUCAUACCCUAAUCUAGGUUAAAAUAUUUAUUUUGUCAAUAUAUUUUCUUUCCAGUGUGUUUUUUAACCUCUUCUGUUAACCCUUCAUGUGCUGAGAUGUAAGAAAUGAAUGGUUUCUAUUUAAAUAUAUCCUUUCGGGUUUUUUAAUUGUUAUGUGUAGAUUUCAGCUGCAUCUUUGGCAGGUGUAAUAGAUAACAAUGUGCUGUACAGAUAUUUAGGGUGUUUAGUAUGUAGGUAAGGCUCAUAGGAGAAUUGCUCAUAAAAACGUAGCAUGGUGUCUCUUAAAGGGAACAACAUAAAUGCAGAGACUGGUCCUUACUGGGACCCUCACGUAGCCUCCCACAUACCUUUCCCCUUCCAAUUAUCACAGCCUCCAUCUCUGAAAUGUGCUGAUCAAAGCCGCUCUGCCAUUUCCAGGGCUGUUUUUACACCUCCAAGCUGAAAAAGGAUUUUAGUGGGGGUUUCUGUUCGUUUGACUUGGUUCAGCUUUUUUUAUGGGAUACAUUGGCUGUUUCCACUUUUAAAUGGAGGAUGCAGCAGAGCUGGCUGAGGUGGCGAGAUGUUUCCCUCCAGUGGUGGAAGAACAGAUCCAGGCGAUGGUUUCAGACCCAGGGCAGGGGUGAUGGUCCCCCUCUGUAAGCUGCUGCAGGAGCUGGGCUCACCCUUCCCUGGCACCCUGGCCAACGCAGCCUGUUCCUGUUCCUCUCUAUUCAAUGCUCUCCUGCUUUCACCCAUGAGGACAGGACUUGCAGACCAGGAGAGCAAACACAGCAGCAUUUUCAACAGUCUUUUUCAUCCGAUGAGUUGUCAAGUCUCUUGCGGCUGCUGGGAGUCCUGUGGAGUGGGAACUGCUUGUGCUAUCUCCAUCCCCAGGCCAGCCUCAUCCAGCUCAGUCAUUGUUUACCUCCUAAAUGCUAACCACAAGGCUUGCGGAGCCUACCCUGGAAAAAAACAGCUCAGGACAGUUAUUUUUAUGGAAAUAAUGAAGCAGGCAAUCAGUGAGUGGAUUUCUAGCUGCCUUGGAGGUAACCCUUCAGCUGCUGGGGGCACCCACCCACCCUUGCCCACCCCCAGAGGAGAGGAGGCAGCAAUCCCCUUGCCAGGUGCCCAGAGGCAUCGCUGGUGCCCGCACAGCACCUUCCACUCGUCCCUCCCAAACUGCAACCUCUGGAGCGGGCUGUGCCCGCCUGCUCCAUCCCCAGGCUGCCAGCCCUGGCCUCCCCACACCGUGCCCCAGGUUGCUCCUCCAUCCAGGAGAGAGGCGAGGUUGCGUUUCACCGAGAGCCGGCUGGCUUUCAAGCGGUGCCGAGCUCCGGUGCUGGUUCUCUUUAGCCCAUGGCAAACCUACGCCAGAAUUCUCACCCUGCUCUGUGUUUUUAUGAGUACAAGCUCCUCAUUCUGUACAUGUUAUUAUGAGCUAUCGUUAACCCUACAAAUGUAACCUGUGUAAUAGCUUCUCUGUAUAUUACAGCUGUAGGCUUUCCAGAUAAAAGUGGAUAAUAUUUAUUUACUGAAGAUAUUGGAUAUUUUUUUGUUUGGGAAUGGGGCAGGGGGAGAAGGGGGACGUAACUGUUUUAAAGAGAUUGACUGUGUAAAGAGAAACAAAAUACACAAAAAGCAAAGAAACCCAACACUAAAAUGUUGCUGUAUUCACAUAGAAAG